AUGACCAUGAAAGCGCAAGAAGAGGGGUUUAUGGGUCCUGGCUGGUAUAUCCGCAUCAGACUGAAGCGUUUGAUUCAGGCUAAGAUAAAGAUUGCCUGA